CGGAAAACACCCCUGACGCGACUUGCCAGAGCUUGAGAUUUUUCUGGAAGUUUUGAUAAAUUGUUGGAAAUGAGAAGCUUGCGAGAUGUCCACAGAUUGCACGAGCCGUCGAGUCUCUGCAUUUUGGCACACGGACCUCCUCCUCCUCCUUCGAUCGCAGUGAUUGCGCAGACUAAGAAGUUGAAUUACCGAGGGAACGCCAUGAGUUGCAAUACUAUACAGAUCUUGCUGAAAUCAGGCAUGCAAACAUUUAAAGUUCGAAUUGAUCGUGACCAGCACAGAGAUUCCAGGUCUAUAGUAAUGUCAUGGAAGCAGCUCGUGAGAAUUUGUGGAUUAUUGUUUUGUUUUUUUUAUUUCGCUUAGUUAGGAUGGAACCGUUCGAUGAGGGUUGGCUAAUCUUAUGUGACGUUCCUUGUUUACUGGUUGCGAGCUUUUAAGACGUUUUAGGUUUUUGCACCAUUGGAUGGAAUACGCGCAUGAUCGUUUGAAGGGAACGAGAGUGUGAACAAACGUGGAAGUAAUCGAUGGGAAUAGACGCUUGUCAUGUUGGACUUGUGCGAUGAGGAGACACCUUGAGCGAUCAUCCACGUUCACUGCGUAGCACCCAUGAAGUAUUUAGUUCUUCUGUGAGUUUUUGAAGUGUUUAUACUCUGGCGGGAAUUCGAUCGUGACCUUACGGACAUCUCUGGUUCUUCUUCAGCACAAGGAAGCUUUCCGGCCAUUCUCCAAUACGGUUUUACAGUCUGUCUUCCCGUCGUGUCUGUGGUGUUUCAAAUGGGAAGAAAAUGAAACGGAGAUUUCUCAUUCCCUGAAGAGUUGCUCUUGAAGCUUUCAAUUGGAGAUCUCGAUUCAACGGUACAUGGACUUUGGGAUAAAUUUCGGGCUUUUUAGGGGGAAAUUCUCAAGUUAAGCGAGUUGUGGCAAUCAGAGGUUGUGAUUUUAGCCACGAUGCUGACACCUUUGAAUGUGAGAGAGAUGUCCUCUGCAGUCUCGUAGGUCAGAUGACAGAGAACAUAAAGAAAAAGUGUAGAUAAUGCUGUUUUAGAUGUGAAACUGCGACCCUCAGUUGAUGGAUUUGCCUCCACUUUUUGAGUUGGUGAGGAGGUAGAUCGUCAGAUGGGUUUUUGGAUCCUUCUGAAGCCUUCUAGAUCCAUGAUCAUGCCAAGUCUUUUGGGACGUUCAGACGCGGUGAAAAGUAGUUACUAAGCGAUGCGGAGUCCAAUCGUCAGAUGUAGCACAACUCUCGCACUACUGCAGCUGCUCUCUUGCAAUCUUCUCGUAUGAUCAAUACUAGUCUGCUUCAAGAACGUGACAUGCCCGAAUCGAAUCUAUCCAAGAAUGGCACCUAUCAAAAGCAACAAUUGUGAGUGUUGGAGAUGAUCUGAUGCUUCUGAUAAGACUAUUAUGAUAUAUUUCCGAAAGAAUAAUAUUCGAUGGAAGAGCAGAAAGUUUGCGACCUCUGUGCAGGGGAGCAUUUGGGUUCCUGUACACUUGCCAGCGCAUUGACAACGUUGUCUACAAAUUUGAGAGACAGCUUGCAGGGGACAAGUAGAUGGAAUGUAUCUGACACGACUGCAGGUCUGUUCAAGGUCUUCCAUCUUCACGCUUUUAAUGGUGCCAUUGACACCAUCACCCAUGGUAUUGAAGUUAAUGAUAGCAAUGAAUUAGCAGAGAUGCUGGAAUGGAUGCGAUGGUCUCAUGCUGCAUAUGAAAAUGAUAAAGAAGCAAUUGCAACCAAAUUGGACCUAAAUGUUAAGGAUCUCGUGAAGAUGACAGCAAACGCUGGCAUUAACAAACCUGCAUUUUUUAUCGGGAUUCACCAUAACCGGAGGUGCGUUGUCAUCUCAAUCCGCGGGACAUAUCAGAAACAAGAUAUGUUCACAGACGUCAAUCCUAAUAUCGAAAAUUUUCUUGAAGGAUCUGCACACUCAGGCAUGCUCAGAGCAGCAAGAUGGCUUUUCGAGAAUGAGGGCCAUAUACUGCAAAGUCUUCUUACAGAGCAUCUGGGUUACAAAUUGGUUGUAACAGGGCACUCCUUGGGAGCCGCAACAGGUGGUCUUUUGGCGAUGAUAAUUCACGCUACAGAUGGAUGGUUCAUACCGAAAGAGAAGUCUGGAGUGAAUACCUCCAAAAUUCUCUGUUGGGGUUAUGGAUGUGCCCCUUGUGUAGACCGCAAAUUGGCAGAGUCAUCCAAUUUUAUCCACAAUAUUGUCCUCCAGGAUGAUAUUGUACCGCGUAUCACCCCGGCGGCAGUUGAGGCUCUGCGUAAUGAAAUUCUAGCAACAAGCUGGAGUGAAGUUGUUCAGGACGAAACAACGAAGAAACUGUUGGACGCAUUAGGACAUGUCCACAGCAACUUUGGCACCUUAUUUGCUACAGGUGGCAGCCUAAUAUCCACCGUCGGCGCACAAGCAGGAGCAGCUUUAUUUCAGAAAUUUGGCAACCUCCACACUGCUUCUGCGUCUAGUUCAACAAGUAGUAUCUUGGUGGAGAAGUCGUUGGAGAAGAUAGAUAUAUCCACAAGGAAUUAUGACGCUGAAGCAUCUGGCACUGCAAUCGUUGCAACAACUGUUCUAAACACCGGGACAGUGAGCCUCGAUAUCGAAGAACCCCGUAUUACGUCGGUUGAUGUUCAGCUUAGUACGAACAUCCCCAAAAUGAAGGAGAAUGCUGAAGAAUCUGACAUUAAAAUUGCUGCUCCAGUUGUAAUGACUGUGGCGACAAGGACCUCAAUGACUAUGGAGGAGCUUGAGAGACGCCGUCUUUUUGUUCCUGGCAUCCUCUAUCACAUCAAAAGACUUAAACAUAAGCAUGGGAAGAUGUCGCUUCCUACUUCUCCUACUGGGAUGUCGGAGGCAGGUGAAGAAGCUCUGAAAAACCUACAAAGCAAGUAUGUGGUUGUCCGUGGCAUGGAACCCAAGGAACGGCUUGGUAGGAUCAUCCUCUCCAAGACCAUGAUCUCUGAUCAUACUUGUCCAAGGUAUAUUAGGGCUAUAUCUCUUGCAUUAAGUUCGUGCUUGAAUGUCUAAGACACAAUUAGCUCAAGAAUACCUCUAGUUACUGGCAUAUGUGAUGCUGACACUCCAAGUCAAAUGUUCUCAAAUCUGCAUCAUAUACAUAGAUCUCAAGUCUGAAUCUAGCAGGAAUUUGAACAUCUGAAACGCGAAAAAACAUAUCUACAGAAAUCAAGCUAAUCCAUUGUGUAGAUGUUUCUGGAGGGUUUUCUCGGAUCGCAAUGCUCCAAUAGACUCCAACUAUAUUCCGUUUUGUGCUUCACAUGAAAAAGUGUUGAAAUCGGUACUGACCUCGAAAUCUGAAGACGACAACGUUCAGUUUCCUGGUUUCAUUGAACCGAUCGAUCAAUGUCGUUUACGAAGCAAAAAAAGGAGUGCUCAUGUCAGCGUCGACUCUGGACUCUCGAUGCUUUUCCUGCUGAAAUGCUCCAGUUGUUAUAGCUAGUUUGACGUUGCUAGUUAUUUUGAUUUUCUAGAAAUAUAUUCUGCAUGUGUAAGAUGGGGUCUUCUGAUCAUGCUCUGAGUUUGAUACCAGCAUGUAGGAGAAACCUUCUAAGGCUGAAACGUCCUCGAUAGGAACUCCUGUACUGAACUGAAAAUGGUUUAACAGGACCAUCUCAUCGCACAUCAUGAAAUAUGUUUAUAAAAAAGAAAAAGAGUUACGAGAAUGGAGUAGAUAAUGAGAGGGAGUCGUUGAACAGUGCACAUGAGAAUGCGACUUGUAAAGAACUUAAUUACUAUAAAAAAACUAUAAGUUUGCAUCAUGUGUGUGGAUAGAAGACACAUCCACUCCACAUCCUUUUCUA